CCCGGAAGUAGUUGGAGUGAACUGGAGCGGCGUCGCUUGCGGCCUUCACCGCUAUGGGCCGUAACAAGAAGAAGCAGCGAGAUGGCGACGACCGGCGACCCCGGCUCGUUCUCAGCUUUGACGAGGAGAAGCGACGGGAGUACCUGACAGGCUUCCACAAGCGGAAGGUGGAGAGGAAAAAGGCAGCCAUCGAAGAGCUCAAGCAGCGGCUGAAGGAGGAGCGGAAGAAGCUCCGGGAGGAGCGCCACCAGGAGUACUUGAAGAUGUUGGCAGAGAGAGAGGAGGCUCUAGAGGAGGCAGAUGAGCUGGACCGGCUGGUGACGGCGAAGACAGAGUCAGUGCAGUACGACCACCCCAACCACACAGUCACCGUGACCACCAUCAGCGACCUGGAUCUCUCAGGGGCCCGGCUGCUUGGGCUGCCCCUGCCUGAGCAGGAGGCUGAGGACAGGUCCAAGGAAGAGGCGUCAUCUGGGGAAAAACCAACCAGAGCCUUACCCAGGAAGUCCAAAGACCCACUGCUGUCCCAGCGGAUCUCCUCUCUCACGGCAUCAUUACAUGCACACAGCCGCAAAAAGGUCAAAAGGAAACAUCCCCGACGGGCCCAGGAGUCCACCAAGAAGCCCCCGAGUGCUACUCGUACCAGUAAGACUCAGCGCCGCCGACUGACAGGCAAAGCCCAGCACAGUGGGGAGUGAGCCCCGAACGCCAGGCCGUGCCCGGCUUAUGCUGCAGGGACCUGUCCUGCCUCAUCUUGGCUCUCCCAGAAACCUAGUCGGUACAAAGGCAAUGGCUCCACGGCCCACGGUUGGGACGCUGGGACCUCUGCAGCCUGGGGCUGCCCUUGCCUGAGGACCACCCUGGGGCUUGGACUCCAGAAGGAGCGGACAUCUGAUCGCUGGCCUUCCACAGCCUUCAGGGCCAAGUUUGGGGGCCUUCCCAAGUGUAUACCCCACCCAGCACUCAUCAGAUUUGUGAAA